UUUUCCCGCUGUCGCUCACACACACAGACGCAACAACGCACAACGCUCUCGCUGUGUAAAAUAAUUUGGAAAACCCAAUAAUUUAUAAUAAAAGCUUAAAAACAAUCGCCCGACAUUUGAAAUAUGUCGAAAACAGAAGCCGCCGCAGUGGAAGCCACCGAGGAGAACUCGAAUGAGACUACCUCGGAGGCGGCAACCAGCUCCUCUGGGGAGAAGGAGGCAGAAUUUGACAACAAAAUCGAAGCUGAUCGCAGCAGACGCUUUGAUUUCCUGCUGAAGCAAACGGAGAUUUUUACGCAUUUCAUGACAAACAGCACAAAGAGUCCCACGAAACCGAAGGGGCGACCCAAGAAGAACAAGGACAAAGACAAGGAUAAAGAUGUGGCCGAUCAUCGACAUCGAAAAACGGAGCAGGAGGAGGAUGAGGAGCUGCUCGCUGAAGACUCGACAACCAAGGAGAUCGUUCGAUUCGAUGCCUCGCCCGCUUAUAUUAAAGGUGGUGAAAUGCGUGACUAUCAGGUACGUGGCCUCAAUUGGAUGAUCUCUCUCUAUGAGAACGGCAUCAACGGCAUCCUGGCCGACGAGAUGGGUUUGGGUAAAACGCUGCAGACCAUCUCAUUGCUGGGUUAUCUCAAGCAUUUCAAAAACCAAGCCGGUCCUCACAUUGUGAUUGUGCCCAAGUCGACGCUGCAGAAUUGGGUCAACGAGUUCAAGAAAUGGUGUCCAUCACUGCACGCCGUUUGUCUCAUUGGUGACGCCGACACGCGUACCACAUUCAUACGAGAUGUGCUGCUGCCAGGUGAAUGGGAUGUGUGUGUCACCUCUUACGAGAUGUGCAUACGUGAGAAAUCUGUAUUCAAGAAGUUCAACUGGCGCUACAUGAUCAUCGAUGAGGCUCAUCGCAUCAAGAACGAGAAAUCGAAGUUAUCAGAGAUUCUGCGUGAAUUCAAAACCGCUAAUCGCCUGCUGAUUACGGGAACACCAUUGCAGAACAAUUUGCAUGAAUUGUGGGCUCUUCUCAACUUUCUGCUGCCGGAUGUCUUCAACUCCGCAGAGGAUUUCGAUGAAUGGUUCAACACAAACACCUGUCUGGGCGAUGAUGCGCUUGUGACACGUCUGCACGCCGUACUGAAGCCUUUCCUGCUGCGUCGCUUAAAGGCGGAGGUGGAGAAGCGACUAAAGCCCAAGAAGGAAAUGAAAAUCUUUGUGGGGCUGUCCAGAAUGCAACGUGACUGGUACACCAAGGUGCUGCUCAAAGAUAUUGACAUUGUAAACGGCGCUGGCAAAGUGGAGAAAAUGCGACUGCAGAACAUUUUGAUGCAGCUGCGCAAGUGCACCAAUCAUCCGUAUUUGUUCGAUGGCGCUGAGCCAGGACCACCCUACACAACCGAUACUCAUCUUGUGUACAACUCCGGCAAGAUGGCCAUUCUGGACAAGCUGUUGCCGAAGCUACAGGAGCAGGGAUCACGUGUGUUGAUCUUCUCACAGAUGACGCGUAUGUUGGACAUUUUGGAGGAUUAUUGCCACUGGCGUAAUUUCAACUAUUGCCGCUUGGACGGACAGACUCCACACGAGGAUCGUAAUCGACAGAUCCAAGAGUAUAACAUGGAGAACAGCACCAAAUUCAUAUUCAUGUUAUCAACUCGUGCUGGUGGUCUUGGCAUCAACUUGGCAACUGCCGAUGUGGUCAUCAUAUAUGACUCUGAUUGGAAUCCACAGAUGGAUCUACAGGCUAUGGAUCGUGCCCAUCGUAUUGGCCAGAAGAAGCAGGUGCGUGUGUUCCGUUUGAUCACCGAAAGCACCGUUGAGGAAAAAAUUGUGGAGCGUGCCGAGGUUAAGUUGCGCCUGGACAAAAUGGUCAUUCAAGGCGGUCGUCUCGUAGAUAAUCGUGCCCAGCUAAACAAGGAUGAGAUGCUUAACAUAAUUCGCUUUGGCGCCAAUCAAGUAUUCAGCUCCAAGGAGACGGACAUCACCGACGAGGACAUUGAUGUUAUAUUGGAGCGGGGCGAGGCAAAAACCGCCGAGCAGAAGGCUCAACUGGACAGCAUGGGCGAGAGCUCGUUGCGUACCUUUACCAUGGACACCAACGGCGAAGCGGGCACCUCUUCUGUAUACCAGUUCGAGGGCGAGGAUUGGCGCGAGAAGCAGAAACUUAAUGCACUCGGCAACUGGAUUGAGCCUCCUAAGCGUGAGCGCAAAGCUAACUAUGCUGUGGAUGCCUAUUUUCGAGAGGCACUGCGUGUAUCUGAGCCAAAGGCCCCUAAGGCGCCACGCCCACCCAAGCAGCCCAUUGUCCAGGACUUUCAGUUCUUUCCACCUCGCCUGUUCGAGCUGCUAGAUCAGGAGAUUUAUUACUUCCGCAAGACUGUCGGCUACAAGGUGCCCAAGAACACAGAGCUCGGCUCGGAGGCCAGCAAAGUGCAGCGCGAGGAGCAGCGUAAAAUUGAUGAAGCUGAACCCUUAUCCGAUGACGAGAUUCUUGAGAAAGAGACGUUGUUGUCGCAGGGAUUCACCGCCUGGACAAAGCGUGACUUUAACCAGUUUAUCAAAGCCAACGAGAAGUAUGGACGCGAUGACAUUGAGAACAUUGCCAAGGAUGUCGAGGGCAAAACGCCAGAAGAGGUCAUCGAAUACAAUGCCGUGUUCUGGGAACGUUGCACCGAACUGCAGGACAUCGAACGCAUCAUGGGGCAGAUUGAGCGCGGCGAGGGCAAAAUUCAGCGACGAUUGUCCAUUAAAAAGGCUCUCGAUCAAAAGAUGUCACGUUACCGCGCACCUUUCCAUCAGCUGCGUCUGCAGUAUGGCAAUAAUAAGGGCAAGAAUUAUACAGAAAUCGAAGAUCGCUUUUUGGUUUGCAUGCUGCACAAAUUGGGCUUCGACAAGGAGAACGUCUACGAGGAGCUGCGCGCGGCCAUACGUGCAUCGCCACAGUUCCGUUUUGACUGGUUUAUUAAAUCACGCACGGCGUUGGAGCUGCAGCGACGCUGUAAUACGCUGAUCACGCUCAUUGAGCGGGAGAAUCUUGAGCUAGAGGAGAAGGAGCGAGCCGAGAAGAAGAAGAAAACACCCAAGACACCUGGUAGCAGCAGCAGCACAAGCACCCCAGCACCGCCGCCACAACCGAAAGCGAAUCAGAAACGCAAAAGCGAAGUGGUUGCCACCAGCUCCAAUGCUAAAAAGAAGAAGAAGUAAAGCAGGAGAAGGAAUAUCAAAUAAACUCAUGAGACGUCACAUAGGACGUAGAUGAUGAUUAUAAUUAUAUACAAUAAUAUUAAUUACACAACUUUCACAUGAGAUUCAGCUCCGCACAGCAUUAGUUGGUAAUCAAAUACACCACACACACAUACACAAGCAAACAAAACCACAAUCAAUCUAUGGCAUGUCAUAGUUAUAUGUGUUUGUAGUUCAUAGUUCAUCCAGUUGCAAACCAUUUGGGGCGCAUUAUUAUAAACAAAAUCGAUUAUUUUUAUUACAUACUAUUAUUAAUAUAUUCUAUAUGCGCGCCGCUGUAUUCUAUUCCACUUAAUUGUAUUUUGUUUGUAAGUCUCAAGUUAUCUGUACUGUAUAUGUAUGAAAAAUAGUGCUACAAACCGAAAAAA